GCGGCAAUCUGUUUCUUUGUCUAUCUGACUCUAUCGUCUCGUCUCGUUCAAACAAUCCGAUUUCUAAUUUUCUGACAACCCGACCCUAAGCUGGAAAGGUCCAAAUAGAAGCCAAGUUCCUUCAUCCAGGUCAGAACUGAUGCUUUUAGGGCUGAUUUCUUCUGCUUGAAUCUUCAGAUAUGACCGAAGAAAUUAACAAAACUGCGUUUAUAGAGAUUCAAGGUCGAAUGGUUGAGCUCAAGGGAAAAUUAAAACAGGUGCAAAACCAGAUGCGAACCAAGGAAGGUGAAAAGAAGCGUGCUUUCUUAACAUUGGAGGAGUUGAGUCAGGUGCCUGAUGAUACAAAUACAUACAAAUCCAUAGGGAGAACGUUUGUUUUAGAGCCUAAGGCAGUUUUAAUGAAUGAACAAGAACAGAAGUUGAAAGAUAGUGAGUCUGCAAUUGGUUCAUUACAGACCUCAAAGGAGUACAUGGAGAAACAGCUCGCCGAGGUGGAGAACAACUUGAGGGAGCUGCUGCAACAAGAUCCAGGUCUUGCUCGUCAGAUAAUGUCGAUGAGUGUGUAAUUCGAUGCCCUUAUCAGAAACUUCCUGGUUUAUGGUGUCAAGUUGGUAGCACCGUGAGUCUACAUUAAUUAAUGCUCGUGUUCUGAAUUGGCUACAUUGACUUGGUGUUCUUAAACUCUUACUAUCAAUCUCUUUUCAUGGAUGGAUUGCAUUAAAAAAUUAUAUAACUUCUAAAUCUGAAAUCAUAUUUUGUAAUUAAGAAG